GUGUGCCGGUACAACGGUGAUUCGAGCGACACGAUUGAUGUUGUUGCAUACAACCUGUUCCGCACGUACACGCUGAACGAGGCCCAUGUUGACGACAUUGACGCAUGUGCCGCAGACACGCUGUUCCGCUUCAACCGGUGCACGGUGUUGAGUGCUCGCGUUGCUUACGACACAACGACGACGACCACCACCACAACUACCACCACCACAACGACGACGACAACUACCACAACGACGACGACUACCACCACCACAACUACCACCACCACCACGACGACGACCACGACGACGACCACCACGACCACUACCACUACCACAACUACCACGACCACAACUACAACCACGACCACGACCACCACGACGACUACUACCACCACUACCACAACCACGACCACCACCACUACCACUACCACCACAACUACCACGACUACAACUACGACCACCACCACGACGACGACAACCACUACAACAACCACGACUACGACCACCACCACGACAACUACCACAACUACAACCACCACCACCACCACCACGACAACCACUACCACCACAACGACGACGACCACCACAACGACCACCACCACGACCACCACGACGACGACCACCACAACUACCACUACCACCACCACCACCACAACUACCACAACCACAACCACAACUACCACUACCACUACCACUACCACGACAACCACGACCACAACAACAACCACCACCACCACGACAACCACAACGCACAUUGGUUGCAUUGCGGAUUGCGAGAUGAGCAUCAACACGUGCAUUGGCAGGAGCUGGCCUGCGCCCGACUUUGAGACGUUUGCGGACUGCAUGCUGUCGUACAGCCACUACUCUGUGUCUGCGCGUGACCAGCUGUACUCGUGCGAGUGCGGCAACGUGACCUCGUCCACGACCUUCGAUGAGAUCCAGGACAUCUUUGAGUGCUACCGGUUCUGUGCUGCCAACACGGCUGAUCGCAACUGCGACUAUGUUGUGACGACGACGACCACCACGACCACGACCACGACCACCACAACGACGACCACUACCACGACGACCACGACCACGACGACACUCGAGUGCCCGACGGUCGAGACUCCCGAGGCGCAGGCUAUUGCGGACUUUAUUGUGUUCAGCAUUCUUGUUGAGGAAGGCAACGACGUGCGCUGUGCAGGGGCCACCUCCUCGUACAACACCUCCCUUGCCGGUGACAUCACUUCGUCCAUGGCAGACUUCUGGGCCGCCAGUGCCUACAGCGUUGCCUACGACGAUUACUUUGUCAUCGAUGACAACUCCACUGGCUCUGCACAGCUGCUUGUGACAUCAAACCUUGGUGACUCGUUUACGCACGUGUGCAGCGCACGUCCUGCUGGCAGCAGCCAGCUGUGUCCACUUGUGGCGACUAACCCACCGUCCACCUUCCCGUGCUUCCCUGGCUGGGCCGAGGUGAUCUUGGAGAGCGGCGACCGCGUGCAGCUGCGCAACCUCAAGACUGGUGACCGUGUGCUGUGCAUGGCCCAGUCUGGUGGUGACGGCCUUGGCUACUGCGAGCUCAAGACAUACAUCAACGUGCACCACAGCAGCUCCAGCCCCUUUGUCGAGCUGCACUACACGGACAAGGACGGCAACGCCGACGUGCUCACAUCCACCCCGGAUCACUACAUCUUCCGUGCCAGCGAGGACGUGGAUGUGUCGAGCGCAUCCACCACCAAGCCUGCCGGCGAGUUCAUCUUUGCAGAGGACUUUGUUGUUGGCGACCGCCUCGUGCGCUACGACGACGCCGGGUUUGUGUACACCGUUGCCAUCACCAGCAUCACGCAGACGACGGAGGAGGAGUUCUACACGCCCGUCACAGACGAUGGCUCCACACUGUUUGUGGACGACGUAUUUGCGUACUCCUUUGCCGUGCUCCCCAACCCGGAGGGCCUGCGUCUUAUGAACGCCCCGCUGUGGCAGAACGACGACGCGCGCUUCAGCGUGCCGACCGCCGCCAUCGACUUCCCCGAGGGCCUGCACCCGUUCAUCUCCGAGCGCGCCCGCACGGUUGCCCAGGCCAAGCUGGACGGCAUGUCGCUUGACUUUGGUGGUCUUCUUGGCUACAUUGGCCAGCAGCUUGAGGCCGGCCACAUCUUCUCCGAGCAGGAGAUGCUCGACCUCACGGUUUCCUACAUCAACUAA